AUGGUCAAGCUCGAGGACAUCUCCAGCCUCCUCGAGGCGCCCGCGCAUCUCCCGCACAAACCCCCCGUCCGAGCCCCCUCCGCCUACAAGCCGCUGCACUCGUACGCCCUCGACAAGAACCGCUCGUACAAGCAGCAGUACGGCGACAUGUACUUCCUGCGGCUGGCCAAGAUCAAGCCCGCCGUGGAAGAGGUCGCCGCCAAGGCGUGGCAGGACACGCAGAUUGGCGGCGAGCGGGCCAAGAGGGUCGACCGCGUGCUGGAUGUGCGGCAGGGCGAGCUGUGCUGGGUUGCGGGCACCGUCUACAUGGACAUGAAGCUGAAGCCCAACAUUCUCGAGGAUGUGUCCAAGGAUCGCUGGCUGUCGGCGCCCAUCUCCUCGCAAAAGUACUACUCCGACGACGGCUCCGACCAGACCAUGCUCGAGGACGACUCGGGCCGCGUCCGCCUGGUGGGCGACCUGCUCAGCACCAUCCCCCUCGUCACGGGGUGCAUCAUCGCCGUCAUGGGCACCGAGAACACACACGGAGAGUUUGAGGUCAUCGACAUCAAGGUGCCCGAUCUGGCUCCCCAGCCCGAGCGCUGGGCCCUCUCCAAGGCGCCCUCGGCCGGCGGCAAGGCAAAGAGCGAGGAUACAGAAAUGACAGACUCCCCCUCGGAGGGCGGCGGCAAGAAGAUUGCCAUUGUGUCGGGCCUGUCCUUUUCCGGCACCGACGCCUCGUACGACCUCGAGCUGAAUCUCCUGCUCGAGUACUUGCUGGGGGAGGCCCUCGGCCCAGGGGAGCAGGCCGGCGUCUCGCAGAUCAGCAGGCUCAUCAUCGCCGGCGACUCCAUCUCAAUGACAGCCGCCAAGGAUACCGACGACGACGACGACGAGGUCAAGAAGAGGGCGCAGAAGAAGUACGGCUACGACGCCAGCGCGUACAACCCCAUCCCGUCCCAGCUUUUUGACGAGUUCCUCUCCGAGCUGCUGCCUUCCAUCCCUGUCACCCUCCUCCCCGGUGCCCAGGACCCUGCCAACGCGAGCUAUCCACAGCAGCCCAUCCACACGGCCAUGUUCCCCAUCUCAAGAGCCUACGCAGCAGAUGCCGCAGCGGCAUCCGCGUCGCAGCCCGGCUGGUUCGACACCGUGACGAAUCCCUGGGAGGCGGAAGUGGAAGGGUGGAGAGUACUAGGCACGGGCGGGCAGAACGUCGACGACGUGUUCAAGUAUGUUGAGAGCGACGACCGCUUGGGCAUGAUGGAGGCCAUGUGCAGAUGGAGAUGCUGCGCUCCGACAGCGCCCGAUACGCUAUGGAGCUACCCGUUUCAAGAAGACGAUCCGUUUGUCCUCAAAUCGUGCCCGCACGUCUACUUCGUCGGCUGCCAGCCCGAGUUUGCAACAAAGGUGAUUCACGGGCCCGACGGCCAAAGCGUGCGACUCAUUGCCGUGCCGUCGUUUUCGAAGAGCAAGGAGUUUGUGUUGGUGGAUACGGAGACGCUGGAGGUGAGCAAAGUCCGGAUCACAUCAAGGUGA